CAGACCACCCACUUCAGCAAAGGCACAGAGGAAAUACAAGAGUGAUGAGUAUGUCUAGAUUAAAUUGGUGGUGUACUUAAAAGUUGGCCCUGAAGUAGAAGAUUUGGAUUGGUGUUAUUACUGGCAUUUUUUAAUCUAGCUUGAUGGAUUGUGGAGGCGUAGACUUGCAGUGCAGGAGAGGCAGGCAAUUUUCUCCAGACAUAAGAUUACUUCCAGGAGCAUCCACUAGGGGUAACACUGACAUCUGUUUAAGUCAAGACAGAAAUGCAACCACCCCAGGGCUGCUGGCCGAGCCAAAAUCAGUCCAGCGCACUCGGGAUGACAGGACAGGACUGAGCCACCGUCAGUCGUCACCAUGUUUAACUAGUCCGUUAACUAGCACAUAGCUAGUGAAUAGCAAACUUUGAAAAACAAGCUGAUAAUAUAGUGCUCGUUUGUUGAAGGUGGGGUCAAUGUAGUAGUACUUUUGGGUUGUGUCGUUACGAGCGACUGAGGCUAACUUUAGCAACUUAGCUAAUGUUAAAUCUGACAAGUUAACCGAGCUAGCUCUUUGAUGUGUAUGACCUGCCAGCUGUAGCGUAACGUUAGAUGACAUUUACAAAGUAAACAGUAGGUGAAAAAGCUUAAUUCACAUCGAGAAAUAUAAUGGCGUCGAUGAUAUUUGAUUCGACAACAUAUGCUGAGGAGCAGUUUUGACUUCGGGCUGUCAACAAGCUCGCUGACGUUAGCUAGUCUGGCUAGCCAGCUAGCUGUGUAGCUACCAUGGCCAGAAUAGAGAACGGCCGUCAGUCGGUGGACACAAGGAGCAUCCGGACUAUCAGCAGCAGCCACAUUGACGAUGAAAGUUCAUUUGGAUCCGACUCGGAGAUCAACGGCUUCACCAGCGACAGACAAACCGAUAAAUAUGGAUUUAUUGGCGGGGCACAGCAGUAUACGGAGGCAUCAGCUCAGGAUGUGCCUCCAGAGGUGCUCAGGCAAAGGGAGGUGAAGUGGUUGGACAUGCUUAGCCACUGGGACAAGUGGAUGAUCAAGAGAUUCAAUAAGGUGAGGCUGCGGUGCCAGAAAGGAAUCCCUCCUUCCCUCCGAGGCCGCGCGUGGCUCUACUUGUCAGGGGGGAAAGUGAAGAGAGAGCAGAACCAUGGAAAGUUUCAGGAGUUGGACAGUCUGCCAGGGGACCCCAAAUGGAUUGAUGUCAUCGAGAAAGACCUUCAUAGACAGUUUCCAUUCCACGAGAUGUUUGUGGCACGGGGAGGACACGGGCAGCAGGACCUGUUCCGUGUUCUCAAGGCCUACACUCUGUACAGACCAGAGGAGGGAUACUGCCAAGCUCAGGCUCCCAUUGCUGCUGUGUUGCUCAUGCAUAUGCCUGCUGAGGAUGCCUUCUGGGGGCUGGUCCAAAUUUGUGAGAAGUAUCUUCCUGGCUACUACAGUCCUGGCCUGGAAGCUAUACAGUUAGAUGGGGAGAUCCUGUUCGCCCUGCUGCGACGUGUCUCUCCGCUAGCCUUCCGCCAUCUGGAGAAACAUAAGAUCGACCCCAUCCUCUACAUGACUGAAUGGUUUAUGUGCGCCUUCUCCAGAACGCUGCCCUGGGCCUCUGUGCUUCGUGUCUGGGACAUGUUCCUCUGUGACGGAGUGAAGAUAAUUUUCCGUGUGGGUUUGGUGCUGCUGAAGUGCAUGCUUGGGAGCCGUGAGAAGCUGAAGGCCUGCCAGGGCCAGUACGAAACCAUGGAGCUUCUCAGAGCCAUAGAGCCUCGAUACAUGCAGGAGGGCUUCCUCGUCCGAGAGAUUCUGGAGGUGCCAGUAACAGCGCGAGAUGUGGAAAGGGAGCACCACACCCAGCUGAAGCGCUGGAAGAAGAACCGCGGAGAGCUGAAUUUCAAAUCGCCUCCGAGGAUGCACGGCGCUCGGCUCAUCAUUUUGGCUGAGCCGCCCAGGCGCCAGGACCUGCAGCAGAACCCCACCAUUUUACUCGAGGUGCCUCAGCCGGCCACGCAGCUGAAGAAAGACAAGGAGGAGAGGAAAAGCAAGAAGAAGAAGAGCAUGAAGAAAUCCCAGCCCAUUGAGGAGAUCCCUAACCCUUAUCCUCUUCUCAAUGACUUUCCACCACCACCCUCUGAUCCACCAGCCCCACCUCCGGUCCGCAGCGAGACGCCGGAGACAGUGCCACAGACUGAAACACACUCACCUCACCAGCAGCAAGCACCUCCUACAGUCCUUCCCCCUGCCAAAGAGUCGCCCCUUCAGCGAUCCACACAAAGCCUUAGCAGCACAGAGCAGGAUACAUACCUGUAACUCCACUGCAGUCAGUGUGUGUGCGCGUGUGCAUGUGUGCGUGCGUGUGUGUGUGUGGAAGAAGCACCAGCACCCUUCAGCCAACGACCAGCCAGUGAAGUAUUGGACUGUUUUGUAUUCAUUUAUUCAUUUUAGACACCAUUUUGCCUACAAUAUUAUUGUUACACACUAAAGCAUCAUUGCUCAGUGUAAAGCUAGUUUGAUGCUUGCGCCAAUUUUUCCACGUGAUGCUGAUGUUAGCUCCUCCUGAUGCUUGACGCUUUUAUUCAAACCAUAAGUCUUAGUAUUCUGUUUGCAAGGGAGACGUGUUACCGAGUUAUUGGGAGAAGAAUGGGAGCAAUGAGGUUACACAGCUUAUGCAGUUUUUCUUUACAUUUCCACUCAGAUUCAACACUAUUGAGAUCAGUUGUAAUAUUUUACAUCAGUGAAUGUUAAGUCCUGAUAGAAACUCCAUGGCUUUUUUUUUUUAUUAUUCAAAUACUUUUCAAGUUGUUAUCCCCUAAGAUGUCGUUAGGGGCUUUGUUCACUAGAGGGCAGCCUCGCAAAGGUGCCAGCUGUAAUUCCUGUUACAUUCCCUGAUGCAGGGUUGGGAUUCCUUUAAGGACUCAAUUUGGGAGGAAAUAUUUUGAGAUUGAGCUAAUGUUUUUUUUUCCAGUAUGGAAACUUGAACAUUUCAUGUUUUAUGUUCUUACAUGUGAAUUGAAAAAAACCUUAAUUGAUGAAAUUGCAACAGCAACAACAUUGUGAUCAUGCAACUCUUUCUACAAGAAUUAUUUAUUUUCAGUAUAAACAUGAAAUGUGUUGUUUGUGCAUGCCGUGCUUGUGCACAAAUGAUCACCUUUUUUUUUUUUUUUUUUUUCCAAAGUGAGCUGAAUUGAUGUGGUUUUACUUCAAUACUCACUGUGCCAGGCACUUCCAGCCACUUUAGAGCAGCAGUAAUUCUUGUUAGUUUGGCAACAGAGAGGAGAACACCGGACAUUCCUCACUGUAUGACACAUUCCUGCCUUCUUAAAAGCUAAUCAGUCUAGAAGCUGUCUUUUGCCAAAUGCAAAUGUGUAUAAUAUAUGUAUUUGUGCAUGUGUUUCCUGUGACAACUUGGACAGCGAGUGAUUGCAAAUCACCUAAUGGUGCUGACCUUCCAACAAGAUCGGACGGUGUGUUCUGGGUCUGUUUUUCUUUUAUAUAUAUAUAUAUUUUGCUAGAAUUUCCAAAGCAGAUCAAGACUGUUGUUUGACCUACAACUGCUACCUGUGACCAGGCUUAUUCUGUUACUACAGUCAAGAGGGAUCAUGUCUUUUCAAGACUUUUUGGGGACAUUUCUCUUGUGAGAACCUGGCUCAGUUUUUGGGAAAUAUGGAGACAUGCCAGGGUUGUGAGGCUGUUUUCAAAACAUGUAAGACAAUCUUUCUUUUUUUUUUUUUUUUUGGCAGUCCAAGUGUGUUUUCUGACUUUCAUCACAAUGGUUAAUGAUAAAGGGAGUUUUGACACGCAUAAGCACAUGUGUAAAAUGUGUUUGUGUAUGCAAUUAAUCUAUAAAAAAAAGCCUCUGCUGCAUGUUUAGGUCAAUUAUAAAAAGCAAUGGGGUUUAAAAGGAUAACACAUUUUCAAGCCAUCACUUGCCUGUAUGUAAUAGUUUUUUAGUUGCUUAUAUUAAACACCUCACACUUGGCUGAUGUUAUAUUUUAAUUUAAUGCUCUUUGUGUAGAUACAACAUGUAAAAUAACAAUUUGUUUUGUAAUGAAAUCUAUUUUUCAAUGUAUAAUGCUAUAUUUUAUUGAACAGUUACAGAAACUGCAGAGGGAACAUCUCUAAAUCAUUUGCAAACCAGGACAGUAUCUUUUAGAUCUACAUUUGUAACACUAGAAAACUUUGUCCAUCUUGAAUUUGUGGAAAACCUUUGCCAGUGAAAAUGUUUAUUGUUACUACGGAGACAGUGGUAUCACUUUACCAUUCACAGUAUGGUUAUAAAAGAGAUGUUCCACAACCAAGGGGAAGUAUGCAGCAUCAUGAGUUAAAAAUUUACAAAUAAAAAUUUGUUUAAAGCUAA